AGUAUAAUACCAAAACGGUGAAAGCAAAAACAGAAGUAUGUAUUGAGGUUUCCACUCGGCGCUUUCGCAGAUUGAGGUUUCCACUCUUCUUCUCUUCUUCCUCUCUUAACUGUGUAUACAGUUAUGGCCUUGAGAACAGUGACGAGGAAGUUAGGGAGUAAACUGUCACCCAGGUUUUGUCCUGCAUCUCUAUUGCAUUCUCAUGCCACAAGCUUUGGAUUCAAGGAAGUACGGGAAGAUGAAAAAAGUCAAAUGGUUGGUAAUGUCUUCAGCAAUGUUGCUUCAAACUAUGAUACAAUGAAUGAUUUGAUGAGCGCAGGAUUACACAGAUUAUGGAAGGAUAGAUUGGUUUCCAAAUUGAAUCCUUUUCCUGGAAUGAACCAUCUUGAUGUGGCUGGUGGAACAGGUGAUGUUGCUUUCAGAAUACUAGACAGUAUAAACAGCAUCAAACGUAGAGCUUUGCUGAAUGUUCUUGAAGAUGAUUUUCAGGAAGAAACUAAGGUGUAUGUAUGUGACAUCAAUCCCAACAUGUUGAAUGUUGGUAAAAAGCGGGCCUUGCUGAGAGGUCUUGGAGAAGACAAAUCCCUUCUAUGGGUGGAGGGAGAUGCAGAAGCCCUGAGUUUCGGAGAUAAUACAAUGGAUGGUUACACAAUUGCAUUUGGGAUCCGGAAUGUCACACACAUAGAGAAAGCACUUUCUGAAGCUUAUAGGGUACUGAAACGGGGAGGAAGGUUCCUGUGCCUUGAACUCAGCCAUGUAGAGGUACCUGUAUUCAAAGACUUCUAUGACUUUUAUUCAUUCUCAGUCAUUCCCACCCUAGGAGAGCUAGUUGCAGGGGAUAGAGAAUCUUAUCAGUACUUGGUAGAGAGUAUUCGUCGUUUUCCACCACAGGUUUAUAUUCAUCUUCCCAUUUGAAUACUUUAUUCCAGUAUUAUAUGCAUUUUGUUGGAAACUUCUUGUGUACCCUGCCAAUUGGCAUGCUACAACUAAACGUCAAAACAGAGCAACCAUUUUGCUUUUGAAGAAAGAAAAAAUGCUCAAACAGUUUCUUCCAAAGGUCUGAGUUGAACAUGAAUACUAGAGGGAAAGAAAGUAGUAGAAGUUGAAGUGCUCUAAUUAGUGAAGUAAGUAUAAUUUAUUGUCUUGUCUAGGUGCAUUAUGUUUUGCUAUAUUAUAUUUUAGUUACAUUGCAAUUUUAAUUUACAUAAUUCAUGAUGGAAAUAAGCUUACUUUAGUGUCCAGCUGAGUUCUUGUACUAAAUAGUAUAUUGGAUAUCAAAAUGCAGUAAUCCAUGUCAUUAUUUCUCUUUUAUGCAUUGGUGUACGUGAUUUGGUAAUUAGAAAGUUGGGAGUAAACCUUAGCCAACCUCUGGCCGCAUUGCCUCGUAUUUCAAUUCAAUUUAAGUUUGGAACACUUGAAAUAUCAGAUGUUAUGUAUAUAGCUAUGAAAUGUUUAUACGGACUUAACUGAGGUGCUGCUGUGUUCCUUUUAUUUUUUAUUUUUCGCCUUUUCCUUGCAAGCAUAAUGAACGAGACAUUUGGAAUAUGUAUGUAUGUACAAUUCAUCAUGUUUGUACGUAAUUUGUGGCUUUUGUUAUAUCCCCCUUAUUAUUCAUCUGAAUUGAUGA